AUGCACUGCAGCGGUUCCCCGGGCGCAUGCACGCGCAGCGGGUGUGUUGCUGUUGCUGCUGCUGCUGCCGCCCGUUGGCUGCAGCAGCAGCCGCUGCAGCAGCUGGCUCAGCUGCAGCUGCAGCCGCAGCGGCAUGCAGCACAGAUACCGAGUAAGAUGAUUAGUUCUGUGGUCGGGGCUCUACACCUCGGGGCUGAACGCAGACAAGUUGGUGUUGCCUCACCAGCUGCUGCUGCUGCUGCUGCACAUGGGGGGCCCCAUGGGGUCCUUCAGGCCCACAGCAGCGGCCCUCUUCGUGUGGAUGGAGUUUCAGCAGCAGGUCGUGGCUUCGCGAGCGCAGCAGCAGUGCCGCUUGCUGUUGCUGCAGCUGGACAAGCAGCAGCAGCAGCAGCAGCAGCAAGACACACAGGAGCACUUGCUGCUUCGGGAAACGCAGCAGCAGAGGAGCUGCUGCGCGUGAGCACAGGGACUGAGCGGCAGCAGCUGAAGCAGUCGUCAGAAGCCGACGGAGCAGCAGCAGGCGCAGCAGCAGGAGGUGCAGCAGCAGCAGCAGACACAGCAGCAGCAGCAGCAGAUGCAGUCGACGAGCAGCAAAAUAAGGGGCCCCACAGCAAACCCCCACACAAAGGCUUUUCUUUGGGGGCCCUUCUUUGGGGCGCGGGGACCCUUGGUGGGGCCCUUUGGGUGGCAGCUUACAUGAAGCAGCACAACUUGAAGUUCUUGAAAGAGAUGUGGCAGGCGGCGGACGCCCAAAUGACCAAAACGGCCCAGCAGGUUCAAAACGCCGUAGAAGAUGUGGUGUGCGGGGCCUUUCCCGAAGACCCCGAGCCGCUGCUUCCAGAUUUAAAAGAACUUAAUUAUCCCGAAAACCUCCCGACCCUCGUCUUGGACUUCGACGGGGUGCUCGCGAAGAUCGGGCACGAUCGGGCUGGGGGCUACAAGCUGAAGAAGCGGCCGCACAGCGAGCGGCUGGUGGGGGACUUGUCGCAUUUCUUUGAAGUUCUUGUCUGGAGUGCAGAUGAGCCCCCAGCUGUGCAAAUGGCGCUGCAGCAGUGGGGCCUCCCAGUGACCGCAUGCCUCAGCGCGGACACCAUGAGCCGCAGGCACGGCCGCCGCGUCAAGGACCUGAGCCGGCUGGGCCGGCGCUUGGAUCGGCUUGUUUAUGUGUCUUGUACUGAAGAAGGUCUUGAGGAAAAGUUUCUUCCGAAUUUCAUCAAAGUGACGCCUUUCGAGGGAACGGCCGCAGAGGCGGCGGAGGACUGCGAGCUGCUGUCGCUGAUAAACUUCUUGAAGCACUGUUCGCUGAGUCCCGACGACGUGCGCAGCAGCAUCAGCAGGUACGGGGGGGGGACCAUCCCGGGGGUCGGCAGCAGGUUCAAUGAGGCCAAACGCCUGCAGGAGACCAAGGCCACGCAGCGCAGAAGCAUAGGCCGUUUCCUGGGCUUCACGCAGACCCAGGGGGCCCCCAACUUCCUCGGCGCGGGGCCCCCAGGAGCCGCGCCGGCGGGCCUUGGGGGUCCCCUGGGGGGCCCCAAGUGA